AAACGUUUACUGAAGGUGUCGCACUUCCGGGAAGAGCCGCCUGACGAGCACGAGACGUGACGUCACCCAGGUGACAGCGCUGACGGUGACCUGCUCCGAGCUGAUUUACCGAAAGUUAAUCAGAGUUCAAACUCGAGUUGUCAAUCAGUUAAUGCUGCGGUGAACUGGCGGGAACGAUCACGUGACUUUAUUUUUUAUUUUUAACGUCAAACUGUCGGUUAAAAAAAAAAAAAUUUCUGCUCAUCAACAGCAAACAUGGAGUCUGCAGAUGGUCAACAACGGUGGGACACUGGAAGUCCAAGACGUUCCCCUCUGGAUGUCAUCAUGAGCCAGAUCCGCAGGAAGUGCACAGUCUCAGACAGGAAGCCGCUGGUUCGCCUUCUGUCUCGCACCUCAGACCGGACAGGGAUCCCUGAAGACAACGAGAUGGAGACACAAAUACAAAACUCAGGUUUCACAGAGCCAGCGUUGGACAGCGAGCGGGACGCUGGUUGGGGACGAGUGUGUGUUUUCCUGCAGAAGUUGGGGAAGAAAGCUGACAGCCAGAGCCUCAGCCUUGCUCACUGCGACCUCACCACCACCGACCUGCUGGAGCUUGCCACAUUGCUGCAGUGUCUCCCUCUGCUGGAGGAGGUGGACCUCUCCUGGAAUAAGCUGAUUGGUGGUUGCCUGCACGCACUGACCUCUCACCUGCAGUACGUGGGCGGGAUCAGAACCCUGAAGCUCUGCAGCUGUCGGCUGAACACCGAUGACCUCACAGCACUGGGCGACGCCCUGGAAUCUGUCCCUCUUUUGGAGAAUCUGGAUCUGUCCUGGAAUAGCGGUGUUGGAGGCGGAGCUUUGCAACAUCUGCUGGGCAAACUUCCUCCAGGACUCAGAGGGCUCCACCUGGUGGCCUGUCACCUGACUGCACCUGACACCGUGGCUCUGGGGGGAAUGGUGUCUGUCCUCUCCAGGCUCAGCGUGCUGGAUGUUUCCUGGAAUCCUCUGCUCACUCAGAAAUCUGUGGUUGAUAACGUGGACGGCGGUUUUGAAAAGUUAGCCGCCUCUCUCUCUCACGCCACCUCACUCACCGCUCUUCGAUUACAAGCCUGCGGCCUGACGAGCACCAGCCUCCAUGCCCUGGGUGGUUCAGUCCGGCGCCUCCCCUCUGUGCGCGAGUUGGACCUGUCCUGUAGCAAAGAACUGGGUGGAGGACUAACCCACAUCCACACCCACCUGAGUCUCCUCACACGCCUGGAGAGCCUUGACCUCCACCUGUGCAGCCUGACCCACAGAGACCUGGAAGUUCUGAUCCAGGUGCUUCCUUCUCUCACUGCACUCACGGAUCUGGACGUGUCAUCCAAUAAGGAGGUAGGAGGCAUGGUCCACCCGCUAGUCUCCGCCCUCCCUCUGACACAGAUGAGGCAUCUGCCGCUCAACAGCUGCAGCCUGAAUGAAGAAUCCUUCACUGCUCUCGCUCUGGCCGUGCCGUACCUCCACAGUUUGGAUGUCUCCUGGUGUAAAGUCGUCGGCGGUCGCUUGGCUCUGCUGCUGGAUGCUUUGCAGCUGUCAGUCAUCCUGGAGCUCCGCCUCAGCAGCUGUGAGCUCACCACCGAAGACCUGCAGCACCUCGCUGCGGUGUGCCGUCACGGCUGUCUGUCCUCUCUGCGAGUCUUGGAUCUGUCCUACAACAGCCUGGUAAGCAAUAACGGUUGGGCCACCCUGUUUACAGCAGGCGGACUGGGGUCGCUUGAGGACAUUGAUAUCAGCCUACGACCUUUAACCUCCGGCCCCAGCGCGGCCUGGCUGCCCGCGCUGGUCGGCGCCCUGCCGCUCUUACCGGUGUUGGCCCGGCUGGCUGUACAGCGGUGGACGUUCAGCUUACAGGACAAACGACUGCUGGACCAUUCGCUCAAGAAGAGAGGCAUCCUGCUGGAGUGGGAUCUGACCAAUCAGGACAGCCGCCUGGAGGAGUAGAGACGCUGGUGCCAAAAUUCAAGAAUACCGACAAACUCUGGUGCCACUGCUUGUCAAAGUGGACAAAAUACUCAGGAGACAUUCUUCUGUUAAAACCAAAGAGUCAGAGUACAAACAUUUACUCAGUUUUCAGAUGAUUUUGACAAAAUGUGAGACAGCGAUCAAUCGCCCGAUCAAUCAAAUCAGCAAGGCAAAAGCCAGUGACACGUUUGUGUUGAUUAUUUUAAAACAGUUUUGUCAAACUACAGGCCUAAUAGUGGACGUGAGGGACU